CUGCACAGGGUGUUCUAAGGCGGGGCUGUGGUCUCUGAUCUCCGGUGCCUCUGCUCAGGCCCCGCCUCUGCUUCUUGCACUGCCUGAAAGUGUGGGGUGCGAGCUCUUCCUAGGACCCCCUUCCCCUUGGGGAGAGAACUGCACCUCCCCAGGUUUUACCCAGGAGAAGACCCUCUUUUCCCUCACCUCUGCUCCUCCAGGCACAGGGGUGCCUCCACCUGCUUCCCCACUGCAUGCCUACCCCACCCCCGGGGGUCACCAGUCUAGCUGAGAUGACAGUCAAGCUGGAUUUCGAGGAAUGUCUCAAAGACUCACCCCGCUUCCGGGCCUCUAUUGAAUUGGUGGAAGCUGAAGUAUCAGAAUUGGAGACCCGGCUGGAAAAGCUCCUCAAGCUGGGCACUGGACUCCUGGAAAGUGGGCGCCAUUACCUUGCCACCGGCCGUGCCUUUAUUGCUGGCAUUUGUGAUCUGGCCCACCUGGGUCCACCAGAGCCCAUGAUGGCAGAAUGUCUGGAUAAAUUCACGGAGAGCCUGAGCCACAAGCUAGACAGUCACGCAGAGCUUCUGGAUGCCACCCAGCACACACUGCAGCAGCAAAUUCAAAACCUGGUCAAGGAAGGUCUCCGGGGCUUCCGAGAGGCUCGUCGGGAUUUCUGGCGGGGGGCUGAGAGCCUGGAGGCUGCUCUCACUCACAAUGCAGAGGUUCCCAGGCGCCGGACCCAAGAAGCAGAGGAAGCAGUAUCAGCUUUGAAAGCUGCUCGAGCUGGGUACCGGGGACGGGCACUGGACUAUGCCCUGCAGGUCAAUGUGAUUGAGGACAAAAGGAAGUUUGACAUCAUGGAGUUUGUGCUACGUUUGGUGGAGGCCCAGGCGACCCAUUUCCAGCAGGGCCAUGAGGAGCUGAGCCAGUUGGCCCAGUAUCGCAAGGAGCUGGGUGCCCAGCUGCACCAGCUGGUCUUGAAUUCAGCUCGCGAGAAGAGGGACAUGGAACAGAGGCAUGUACUGCUGAAGCAGAAGGAGCUUGGUGGGGAAGAGCCAGAGCCAAGCCUGCGGGAAGGACCUGGUGGUGCUGUGAUGGAAGGACAUCUCUUCAAAAGAGCCAGCAAUGCAUUUAAGACCUGGAGCAGACGCUGGUUCACCAUUCAGAGCAACCAACUGGUCUACCAGAAGAAGUACAGGGAUCCUGUGACUGUGGUAGUUGAUGACCUUCGUCUCUGCACAGUGAAGCUCUGCCCGGAUUUAGAAAGGCGGUUUUGCUUUGAGGUGGUAUCCCCUAGCAAGUCCUGCCUCCUCCAAGCUGACUCGGAGCGCCUCCUUCAGUUGUGGGUCAGUGCCGUGCAAAGCAGCAUUGCCACCGCCUUUAGUCAGGCUCACCUCGAGAACAGCCCCCAGAGUUCAGGCCAGGGCUCAGGACACCCGGCCAUGGGCUCUGCUGCCACCAUGGGCUGUGGUGGUGUGACUAGGGGAAGGGAGCGUGGGGGAAGUGGGCCUGUGGCAGCACAAGUGCAGAGUGUGGAUGGCAACGCCCAGUGCUGUGACUGCCGGGAACCAGCGCCUGAAUGGGCCAGCAUCAACCUUGGUGUCACCCUCUGCAUUCAGUGCUCCGGCAUCCACAGGAGCCUUGGCGUUCAUUUCUCCAAAGUGCGUUCUCUGACCCUUGACUCAUGGGAGCCAGAACUAGUGAAGCUGAUGUGUGAACUGGGAAAUGUCGUGAUCAACCAGAUCUAUGAGGCCCGUGUGGAGGCCAUGGCAGUGAAGAAGCCAGGGCCCACCUGCUCCCGGCAGGAGAAGGAGGCUUGGAUUCAUGCCAAAUAUGUGGAAAAGAAGUUUCUGACAAAGCUUCCUGAGAUUCGAGGGCGAAGAAGUGGCCAGGGGACCCCACGAGGAUACCCUCCUGUGCCCCCAAAACCUUCCAUGAAACCCCAGCCAGGAAGGUUCAAAUCCAAACCAGAAGCCCCUUCUGAUGGUCUGGAAUCCCUGCACCCUGGGGCCCUGCUGUUUCGAGCUGCUGGGCCCCCUCCAUCUCUUCCUACCAUGGCUGAUGCUCUUGCCCAUGGAGCAGAUGUCAACUGGGUCAAUGGGGGUCGAGAGAAUGCCACACCGCUGAUCCAGGCCACAGCUGCUAAUUCUCUUCUGGCCUGUGAGUUUCUCCUUCAGAACGGGGCUAACGUGAACCAAGCAGACAGUCGUGGCAGAGGGCCACUCCACCACGCAACCAUUCUUGGCCACACCGGCCUGGCCUGCCUGUUCCUGAAAAGAGGAGCAGAUUUGGGGUCUCAAGAUUCUGAAGGCAAGGACCCACUGACCAUCGCCAUGGAAACAGCCAAUGCUGACAUCGUUACCCUGUUGCGAUUGGCAAAGAUGAGAGAGGCUGAAGUGGCCCAGGGCCAGGCAGGAGACGAGACCUAUCUGGACAUCUUUCGCGAUUUCUCCCUCAUGGCAUCAGACGACCCCGAGAAGCUGACCCGGCGGAACCACGACCUCCACACGCUUUAAGUCGGGCCG